AUGAAUAUAGCAGCCGCUGGAGCAGAAUCGCCUGUUGCUUCCUUUUCGCUCAUCGUCGGGGAUUUGGCACCGAGAACCUUCUUCUCCUCUUUUCAAGUUCAACUUUCGCAGAAACGAGAGACAGAGUUGAGUGGAGGAGUAGGAAGAGGGCAAUGGCGGCUAGGUAUUGGUGUCAUCUGUGUUCACAAGCUGUGA